AUGUCGGAAUUGCUCGGACCCUUCCAUGAAGUCCUGAUCAAUAAUAUAACCGGCAAAAAAUGUAUUCACGGCAAGACACAAAAUGUGAAUGAGAGUGUCAACAGUGUUAUAUGGACUAGAAUACCCAAAAACAACUUUGUGUCAUUGAAAACAUUAGAACUUGGUGUAUUUGAAGCUAUUGCCAGUUACAAUGAUGGUAACAUCACAAAAUGCAAAGUUUUGAAGUCUUUGGGAAUUGAACCAGGUCGGCGGAUGAUUUCGGUAAUUGAAUUUUUGGACAAUGAGCGCAUCCGUAGGGCUGAAGUGGCUAUUUCUGAUUUUUUGAGGAAUGCUAGAAGACAGGAGAAGCUGAGGAAAAGAAAACUUGAAGAAAAUUUAGAAGAAACCCCAUCAUAUGAUCGUGGAAUGUAGGCAAAAAAUUAAAUAUUUUUACUAAUAUGCCGUUUUCCGAAAAUCUUUAUUUUUUGGACAAAAGGUACAUUUUCUCUGGAAAUACUUUAGAUAGAGAGUUCAAAUUUUUACACAAUAUCUAGGUAAUAGUUAUACAUACCCUGAGUUUUUUUUUUGUGGUCCAAAGUCAAUUUAUUUGGUUACAAAAAAAUAAAAUCUGCAAAAAAAUCCAAAAAUUUUAGGUGUUACGGGAAAAAAAAUCAUAACUUUUUUUUAUAGAACUUCCUAAAAAAACUCAGGCUAUGUAUGAAAGGCAUAUAAACAACUGGCAAAAAUUUCAAAGCAAUAGGCCUAGUAGUUUUUGAAAAAAUGUACCUUAUGUUAGCAUUACAGGUAAAUGGGAUUCCGCCUCCCCUUAA